UUUUGAUUUUUCAUAUUUACUUAUCAAUAUGAAAUGUGAAAUAAACAAUCAAAACAAUCUUCUCUUCAGCGGAAUCUUAUAAAAAUACAAAGAUACGGCGUUUGUAGAGUAGAAGACAUUCAGAUUCGAAACAGUAGAGAUUUGCUAUCGGAAAAUGCUGAAAUCCAUCACAUUUUUGGGACUUACUGUCCUUUGUCUGUUGGUGGCUAACACCCAUGCUGGAGCAGUUGUGGCACCCAUUAAAUGUGGCAAAAGAAAUGUCGGAGGAGUUGCUGUGGGAGCAUCAGUUGGUAGGCCAUUGCAUGUGGCAGAAAGUGAAUUUGGCGAAUUCCCCUGGACUGUGGACAUAAACAAAGAAGGAACAGUUUUUUGUGUUGGCUCCCUAAUUCAUCCCAAGGUGGUGCUUACCGCUGGACAAUGUGUGCUGCGAGGCGAUGCCAAUAGUUUAAAAAUACGAGCUGGCCUAUGGGAUCGUGUGGUGAAAAAUGAACAUCUACCCUAUCAAGAGAGAAGUGUGGAGAAAACCAUAACCCAUCCUGCCAUGCAUGAGCGUAGCAAGGAUAUAGCAUUGAUAAUUGUGAAUGAGCCCUUCACUUUGGGUCCCCACAUCAACACGAUAUGUCUGCCUCCUCUCAAUCAUGUGACUGCUGAUGGAAUUCUUUGCUAUGCCACCGGCUGGGGCAAUACCGCUUUGCUCAGUUCCACUAGCCAAAGAAUGAAGCGCAUAAUUUUGAAUACUGUAGACAGGACGACUUGCCAAAAUAAUUUGCAAUUGCACCUUGAUAGAUCUGUACUCUGUGCCGUUGGUCGCAAUGGCACUGAUACUUGUUCCGGUGACUCUGGAGCCCCAUUGGUUACUCGCAUAGCAUCCAAUCCCACGGCAGAGGUCUAUCACCAAAUUGGCAUAACAUCGUUUGGUGCAUCCUGCUUUGCAGGCCUCCCCGGUGGCUAUACUGAUGUGGCUUAUUUGCGUGAAUGGAUCGAUUAUCAGAUGGAGGCAAAUGGUUUGGAGAAGUCAUCAUAUGAAGCUGUGUAGUUCAGGGACAUUUUAAGAUCAAAUAGAACUUUGCAAUGAUGAGAUUUGUUAGUGAGUUUUGUGUCCUCUGUAUCUGAAAACAAUUUGUAAAUUUUAUAGUAUGAAAUAAAGGUCCCAAGUAUAUAUGUGUGGGUACUAA